CCAGGAGGUGGUUUGGAUUUAGAAAAAGCACAGCUGCAUCAGCGGGAGCUCGAAGAAGGAGUCGGCAGUCACCAGCUCAGCUUUACCAUUCUUAACCAGAGUGGGGAAGGUAUCAUACAGCAUCUGUCUUCUGCAGAUGGAGCCAUCUUACAGGAGAAACUGGUGAGCCUGAACAAACGCUGGGGUGCCAUAAAGGCAGUGGUCAUGGAAAGACAACAGAGGUUAAAAGAGGAGAAUCCCGCACUUAGUGAAUACAGGAGAAAAAAAAAUGAUGAAUUUACCAUCUGGCUGGAGCAGGCUGCAAGUGUGAUUAGAGUGAAUCCUGCACUGGAUAAUAAAGAAAAGCUGAAUGCAUUAAAGGCCUUCAAUAAAGAUCUGGGAACCCAGAGUGAGAAAGUGGAAUGGCUGAAUCGUGCAGCACCAGAUAUGUUGGCUUUGAAGUUCCUCAGUGCUCAGGACAGAGAGAAACUUUCUACUAGACUACGAACCAUAAACAUCAGCUGGGCUCAGGUGUCCAGAGAAGUGCCUGAAAAUAUAAAAGAUCUGGAAAGAGGUUUAUAUUAUCCCACCUAUACCACUCAGCCAUUAAUGCCCACUUUCCCUCCAGUUCAGAAAAUGGUGCUGGUGUCUUCUGCUUCUGAGUUCCCAGGAGUGGCCAAGCAUGUUGUG